AUGGCUCAAGAUUCUGCGACCACUACUACUCCUUCUCCGCCGCCACUUUCAACCGCCGACGAUUCGAUGCCGAAUCAUUCCGACAUCAAACCUCACCUUCCUCUGUCGCAACAAGACCAAGCCACGAAACUGGUUUUGAAGGAAGAAGAAGAGCCAAAGAUGGUAACUUUGGAGCCAGAGUCACAGGAGCUAAUUCAUCCAUCGUCGGAGUCACCGGAGCCAAAUCCGAAGCUAGGGUCUCAGCCUGAGGGUCCCAACCACGCGGUGGAGGAUUCUUCAGAGAAGCCACUUAGAGUGACACCGGAGACAGUAACUUCGGAGCCAGAGGAGCUUAAUCACGCGGCGGAGGAUUCUUCAGAGAAGCCACAUAGAGUGACACCGGAGACAGUGACUUCGGAGCCAGAGGAGCUUAAUCACGCGGCGGAGGGUGACUCAGAGCAGCCACGUAGACAUACGCCGGAGACAGAGCAGCCAGAAACAGAACUAACACAGAAACUGAUGUUGGAGCAACGGAAAAAGUAUACAGAGGUAGAAGAUUGGACAGAGCCAGAACCACCGGACGCGGCGGUGUUAGAAGCUGCAGCGUUGGAGUCUCAAGCCCCUGAAGUGGCUGCACCACCAGCUCCUACUGCUUCCAUGGAAUCUAGAUCGCUAGCGGAAAUGAUGAACAGAGAAGAAGCUGAAGAGAAACCAAAGAUUCAGAUUCCACGUAGUCUCGGUUCUUUCAAAGAAGAAACCAACAAAAUCUCCGACCUUUCAGAACACGAGUUAAACGCUCUUUACGAGCUCCGACACAUCGUUCAUGAAUCAACAACAACCGGCGAUUCCGGCAAAACCUCCAUUUGGGGUGUGCCACUUCUCAAAGACGACCGAAGCGACGUCGUUUUACUGAAAUUCUUGAGAGCAAGAGAUUUCAAACCGCAAGAAGCUUACUCAAUGCUCAACAAAACACUCCAAUGGAGAAUCGACUUCAACAUCGAGGAGCUUCUCGACGAAAACCUCGAAGUCUACGAUCUAGACAGGGUUGUGUUCAUGCAAGGACACGACAGAGAAAACCAUCCUGUCUGUUACAACGUGUACGGUGAGUUUCAGAACAAGGAUCUUUAUCAGAAAACGUUCUCGAGCGAAGAGAAGAGAGAACGGUUCUUGAGAUGGAGGAUUCAGUUUCUUGAGAAGAGUAUAAGGAAUCUUGAUUUUGUUGUAGCUGGUGGUCUUGUUUCAACGAUCUGUCAAGUAAACGAUCUUAAGAAUUCUCCAGGACCUGGUAAGACUGAGCUCAGGCUAGCUACUAAGCAAGCUCUUCACCUUCUUCAAGACAAUUACCCUGAGUUUGUCUCUAAACAGAUAUUCAUCAAUGUUCCAUGGUGGUACCUUGCCUUCUAUAGGAUUAUUAGCCCUUUCAUGACACAAAGAUCAAAGAGUAAACUUGUUUUCGCAGGUCCUUCAAGAUCUGCAGAAACUCUUUUCAAGUACAUAUCACCAGAACAUGUCCCGGUUCAGUACGGUGGACUAAGUGUGGAUAACUGCGACUGCAGCUCGGAUUUUACGCACGAUGAUAUCGCCACUGAGAUUACCAUUAAACCGACAACCAAACAAACCGUCGAGAUAAUUAUUUACGAGAAAUGUACGAUCGUGUGGGAGAUAAGGGUAGUAGGAUGGGAGGUUCUGUAUGGAGCAGAGUUUGUGCCGGAGAACAAAGAAGGAUACACAGUGAUCAUCCAGAAACCGAGGAAGAUGGCUGCGAAAGAUGAACCGGUGGUGUCUCAAAGCUUCAAAGUUGGAGAAGUUGGCAAGAUUUUGCUAACCGUGGAUAACCCGAAUUCGACAAAGAAAAUGCUUAUUUACAGGUUCAAGGUUAAGAAGCCUUUGCCGUGUGAGUAA